CGCGGAGGCCUGACAAAGUUUGCGCAUUCCUAAGUGGAGUUACACAACAGGACUACACUUUACUUUCUGGGUGGGAACAGUUAGGCUUCGCGGUCCUGGUUGUUACAUAGACAUGGGGAACUGCUGCUCCAACUAUGCGGGCAUGUGGCGGGCCCUUCAACAGGGCAACUACUCCAUAAAGGAGAUCAACUACGGCGGGGCGGACGCCACGGUGCUCCGGAGAAACAUCGGGGUUACUGUCGUCAGUCUUCUGGACCAACACAACAUUCGGUACGUGUUUGACAUGGACCUAGUGGAGAAGGUACCGUUCACACUUGGUAACACGGCGUUACGCCCGGCGGUGCUGGGUGGACACUGUCCGGGCAUGUUGUCAAACGGAGUGGAGCACGUCAGACGGAAGGAGUUCGCCAUGGCGGUGAUCCAGAGGAGCCUGACCAACAGCCUGUUCUCCACGAUGGUGGAACAGCUCCACGCGCACACGUCGAUGUGGGCCACGGUCGGACACAACAUCUACGACUUCGAAGACCGCGUGAACCGGUUCUGUGCGGACGCGGUGUCGACGGUCAUCCUGGGCACCACGCUGCCGUACGAGUCUGUGCGCGCCUGGCAGAACGGACUACAUUCCCACAGGCCGCGGGUGCCGACUCUGGGCCGGUACCUAGCCAAAUCUCACGCACUGCGAGCCCUGCCCGUACUCCUCAGGAACAUCAGAAACGCGCCUGCCUAUGAGGAGAUAAUUCAUCUGGGAAAGACGUGCGGACUGACGGAGGAAGAGGCUACCCAUGAGAUCCUGUACACGAUCGUGGGCCACGCUCUGCCGCAGGUGCAGAACCCGCUCCUCGCCUGCCUUGCCGCCUAUGCCGCCAUGCCGGAUCUGGACAGACGGCAGAUGUGGGAGGAAAUGAACAAGGUCCUGCAUAAUGUGGGCACGUUCACGGAGGCCGUGCUGAGCUCCAUGACGUGCGUGGAGAGUUUUAUCCUGGAGGUGCUGAGGCUCCGGCCGCCGAUGGAGAUGUUCUUCGGCCGGGCGCGGAAGGACUUCAUCGUGAAGACACGCGACAGGGAGAUCUUUCAGGUGCACGAGGGUGAGGUGGUGUGCGGCAGUGCCUUCUGGGCCGGGCGGGAUCCCACGUCCUUCCGGGUCCCCAUCAUGUUCCGGCGGAACCGUUUCGCGUGUCCCGGCAGCGAGGCCCUCCGAGGCUCCCUGAUCUUCGGGCGGGGUCCGCUCACGUUCCUCCCGACCACCGAGAACCACCAGUGCCCCGGCCUGGAGCUCGCCAUGGGCGUCCUGAAACCGUCCAUGGCCUGGCUGCUGAUGUUCUGUAAGUGGAAGCUGACGGAAGAGCCGAAGUGGAGCGGGAAGAAACGGUCGCGUUGCGGCAAACCCGACAACCCCAUGGGCAUGGUCACGUUCAAGUACUACCCCACUGACGUUGCCAACUAUUACCCCCUUCCCGGUGUCACUCCGUCAAACGAAAAGGGCAAACCCGGCAAAGACAAUUCUCCUAACGUAUCAUCUUUUGUGUCAUCAAUUCUUUGAAACGUCAAGCUACAGAAUGUUCCCAUGGCUUAUAAGUGCCGCUAGGGUCAUGUAAAGAUUUCAGUGUUCCGAUCCCUCGUAGCAAUUUGUUAAUUUUCCUAUGAAUUUUUUCUCACAACACGUAUGUCAUGAGUAUAAGAAAAUACUUUCAACGUUUUUUCUUUAAAUGAAAGAGACUUUUAAACAUACACUUCUACCGGAGGUCCCGAACUAGUUGAAUAUGUUUGCUGCGCUACUUUCACUACAGUUUCUAAUCCUAUAAAUGACAAAAUAAAAUAAUCCAUUGAUCUAAGCAACUGAUUAGAAUCCGAUGUAAAGCACAGGAAACACAAUGACACAUUGACCUUGGAAUAAUAAAACGAUAAUGGUUCUAUUUUUGAAUGGCUUUGCAGUUUACAAAUCUGCACAUAGUAUUAACACUAAGCUGUAUUUUAUUAGGAGCUUUUAGCAAGGAUUACUUGUACGUGUUGCCUUAACCGUAAUCACAGUUAGAAUACUGGCAAGAUGUUAAUGUACAUUUGUCUGCCUGACCCGAUGAGUGUGGAACAUGUAUCUUUGAAUCUGUUUGGCAUGUUGAUUAUCCUUGCAUUUCUACCCUUCGUCAUUGUACAGCAUUAUUUGUUUAUCAAGAUUUGUAAAGGUAUAUGUAAUAUUUGUAUAUCAACAUAUGUAUGUACAUUGAAACUAUUGCUCUGUCGUGUAAACGUUUCAAGCUCAGGCGGGACGAGACCGUCUUGCUCUUAGCCAAGAUUCCACGAAAUACAAUGCAUAUAUGUAUAUCACAAAUGUGUGUACCUACCUUA